AUGAAAGAAGUAUAUCUUAUAUUCAUAAUUACUAAUCUUAUAAAAGUUGCUUCAACUGUUUCUAUAGAAUGUUAAAUUGGAUAAUAUUUUGACUUGUUUGAUAAUGUUUGUAAAGAUUGUUCAUCUGGGUGUACAACUUGUUAUGACUCAUCUAAUUAAUCUUGUUUAUAGUGUGCAUAAGGGUAUAAGUAUGAUUUCUAUAAAUAAUCAUGUGUAACAAAUUGUUAAAGUAACCAAGUUGAAUACAAUAACUAAUGCGUUUAAUGCUAAGUAGAAAAUUGUAUUUAAUGCGAUAAGCAAUUUAUAUGUAAUAAAUGUGAUCAUGGAUAUAUUCUAAAAGCCAACUAAAAUAAGUGCGUUCCAGAUUGUCCAGACAGCUAAGUUUUAGAAGAUGUGUGCAAAUAUUCAUGUAGCAAUAACUUUUUGGAUAUAUAAAAUAGAAAAUGCGUAGAAAAAUAGUAUUGCCCAUCUACAAUAAGAUACAAUAAUUUUUGUAACUCUAAUGUUAUUUUAACUGCAGUUAUAUAUGAUACGCUAUUAUACACUUUCGAUAAUGGAGGAUAAAUAUAAGUUUUGAAAUAUCCAUCACUCGACUACGUAACUUAAAAGUUGUUUUCAUCUGAUAGCUAGAUUAUUGAUUGGAUAUUUCUUAGUAUCAAUAAAAAAAAGGUGAUAAGUAUAAGUUCUACAUAAAUAAAUUUAAUAGAUUUAGAGAUUUUUGCUCUUUUAAAUUCGACAAAUAUUCCUUCUUCAAGAAUUGUCCCAAACGCUUAGAUUCUAUACAACUAAAAAAUGUAUAUAACUCCUUCAGGGUCUAAUUUGAUAAUUAUUGAUUUUCUUACUUUCAAUUAAACUAGUUUCCGCUUAAAGGAAGACACUAUUUCAACAGCCAAAGCAUGGGAUACAAAAAAAUUAAAUCUUAUAAUUAAGAACGAUGAUUUCUCAUUUAGUUAUAUUGAUACUGUUUAAAAUUCUGUUAUUUAAGUUUCAUGUACUAAGUGUUAGGGAAUAUCUACUUUUUAUCUCACAGACAAUAUCUUUAUUGGUAAUAACUAUUCACAAGCUUUAAUAAGUAUCUUUUAUCUGAACUUUACAGAGGCUUCAGGGGAUCUUAUUUUCUAAAAAACUCUAACAAUAUAAGGAAUUAUAGUUUAUGAUAACCUAUUACCGCCAUAUUAUAUAAUUUUUUAUAGUGAAGAAACAUACUGCUUAUACUUUUUAACAUAGGAAUAAUAGACUUUAGUUACUUAUCUGGAAGAUGACUACGAUUUUUAAAUUGAAUAUGAAACUUUAGACUUUAUAAUCUUCUAAUAGAAUGAUUCAAGCUCUUUAGGCUUAUAGAUCGUUUAGGAUACAUAGGCUAUUUCAGUUUAUAAUUUAACUUUAAAUACAAAUUUUUCAGAUUAUUAUGUUUCUGUUGUUUAAGGGUUCAAUAAAUAAAGUUUGUCAAUAUAAUAUCUAUUUAUACUAUUUGAAGGUAAAGUAAGCGUUUUUGAUUAAUAUAAAAGGGAAGCAAUCCAAAGUUGCUUCUAAGCUUACUCUUACAAAACAUUUAUUCCUGUUUUAAAAGCAACUGAAUAAAUGAAAACUCCAUAAAAUAAUAAAUUUAUGAUUAAAUAAACAAAGUAUUUUAGAAGUGCUAAUGGCUCAAUGAUUGGCUAUUUAAAUUCAAGGGGAUACUUUAUUUUAAUUUAAGAAGAUACAGAAUAGCUAAUAAACACAUACUACUCUGAAUUAGGAUAAAAUAUAGAUGUUUGUAGUGCUUUUUAAUCAGUAAAGCAAUCGAAAAUCUAUUUAAUUAUUUAAAAUAUCGAAAAAAAUAUAUUUUAGUUAAUUGUUUUAGGUUAGAUCAACUUGAGAGUAUUAGAUGUUGUUUUUAUUGAUAAUAUAGGAAAUCCAUCCUAAAUUUAAUGCUUCUAUUCAGUAGAUAAAGAAUAAAUAGUUAUUGGAUUCAUAGACAGCAAACUUUACUUGUAUCAGAUAGAUUUAUUAAAGAAUUAUAAGGUGAUUAAAAGCACUCAAUUGAAUUCUGAUUACUUAUAUGGAGAUUAUGAAAUAAAUAUGCAAAAUUAGCUUGUGUUUACAAAAAAUCAAUACUUUAUAUUUAUUAUUUUAAAUUUUAAUCUUGAUAUCGUCUUUGAACAGUAAUUUAGUGUCACUAGUUCUUUAUAAAUAGGAUAUGCAUAUAACUAAUAGAAUAAUACUAUUCUGCUAUAAUUCAACAACAUGAUCUACUUAUAUUAACUAGAAAAUUCUAGAGUAAUUUAAGAAAUAAAUUUACCAAAUUUAAAGAUAUAAGCAAUAUAUGGAUUUUUAGAUUCACCUUGGGUUUUUAUAUAAGAUUUAAAGAUGGCCAUUAUUUUAAACUAUUUGACAUAAGAUAUUAUUUUACAAUACUAAUAAGAAGGAGCACUUAAAAUAACUCAGCAAAAUUGGUUUUCUUCUACUAUUUUUGGGUUUAUAAGAAAUUAGUUUGAACUCAAUAUUUUUAAUUGUGAUUCUAAGUAGCUUAAAAGCUAAAGCUUUGGAUAAAGCAUUUUUGAUUAUAACAUUUAUGAUUUUAAUAUAGCUUUAGUAACAUUUUUAACAAAUUAAAUCUUGGUAUUUGACUAUUUAAAUUAGAAUAUCAUAAAUUAAAUUAAUUUAGGAAAUGAUAUUGUAAGUUUUAAUGUUAUUUUACCAGUAGAUUUUUAGUUAUCAUAAAAUAAUAUAAUUUUUUAAUAAAAUAAUGAUUUUCUAUUCUUUGUCACUAAUCCAAUACUUAGUUCCCAUUUCGAUAUAGAAAUAGAUGCUGAUUAAACUUAAAAAACUGAUUUAUAUUCUUCAUACAUUUCAGAAUUAGAUAUUUUUAUAAUUUCAUCAAUGGAAUCAGUUUAGAUAUUUUAAGGAAGAACUGUUAAUAACAUUAUUGCAGAUAUCUAAGUUGGAGAAACUAUUGGAAGCGUUCAAUAACUAAUUUAGAAUAUUUUAUAUUUGAUGGAUUAGCAGAUAAUUCUUAUCUAAAACACUAGAUAUUUUAUGAUUUUUGAUAUUAUAAAUAAUUUUUAGGUUGUUGAAUUUUAAAAAGGAAUAGACUUUAUGAAUAAAAUAACUGACUAAAAGAUGUUAUUAGCUUAUGGGAUAAACGAAAUUUUUGACAACUCCUCAUGUUUAUAUGAUUUAAAGAUUAAAAAACAAUUGGGAUGCUAAUAGUCUGAUUUCUAAAGUUUUUUUAAUAGCUAUGUUAAUUAAAUAGUACUAAAUAAUAAAUAUAUUUUAUAUAUCUAAGAAUAUAUUUAAAAAAUUUAAGAUUUAAAAUUUUAAACUAUUUGGAGCUAUAAAUCUGAUGGAAGUGUUAACUUUAGCAAAUGCAAUGAUAUGCUUUAAAUUUGUUUACUGUUUGAUUAAGAUGGUGCAAUAUAUUUAAUAUAAUAUUUUAAUAUCGAAAAAGGAAAUGUAUCAGUAUCAAUUUUUAGUCUAAUAAAUAUUUAAGCAGCUCCAAUAGUUUAAUUCAUUAUCUCGUAUAAUUGUGCUAUGAUCGCUUUUGAGUAGAAUGUAAAUGUUCAAGUUUUAUGCAACUAGGGUGGAUUAUUUUACAGUAAGAUUCUAUAUCUUGAUUCACCAAUAACAAGAUACUUUAAAUAUGCAAACUUAAAUGAACUAAUUAUUUAUAUUACUGAUAAAGGAGAAGUAAAGUUAUAGCAACUUGAUCUAUUAAACUAUAGUAACUAGGUCUACACAAUUAAACUUUAAACAGAUAGUAACUCAUUAAGUGAAAAAAGUAGUAUUUAAAUGUAUUAAGAAAAAGAACUGCUCAUAAUUUAUAUUGGGAAUGUUAUUUAUUUUAUUGAUAUCUACCUAAAAGAGUUGAUGAGUUUAACAGUUCUUGAUUACAAUAUUGUUGAGCUAUUUUUAGAUAAAGAUAGAUAAACCUUACAUUGUUUCCAGCUAUAUAAAUACCAAAUAUUUAGCAUAGAAUAAAUAUUUUAUAUUGGACCACCUAGGAUAUAGCCAAAUAAAGUACAGAGCUAUACUUUGUUUGUUGAAUAUAAGUAUUUAUUUUAGGUAGAUACAUUAUAGGAUAUUGUUUUUUUUAAUGAAGUAACUAAUGAUAAAGACACGCAGCUCGUUUAAUUGAAAGAAUUAAAAAGAGAGUAUAUUAAAAAAAAUUUUUAAUUGAAUUUGAAAACUGAACAUGAGAAUAAAAUAUAUGCUUAAAAUGCUCAAAUAAUUCUCUUAAAUAACAACGAUUUAGAAAUAGAUGUCAUGAUAAUCUUUAAUAAAAAGAUAAGCAGAAUUUUGUAUAAUAUUUAAGAAUUGGUGUUGAAGUAGAUUGCUUGGUCAACUACAUAUGAUAUAAAUAAUCCACCAUUUGAUUUUUAUUCUCAUGAAGUUAUUGUUUAAGACAACUACAUUAUAUUCUUUGACUUUAAAAAUAUGAUGAUAAAAACUCUGGUUUAAUAUUCAGAGAAAAGCUCGAAUAAUAAUAAUACCUUUUCAAAUAACUUAUUUAAAUUUUUAAAUGUUACAUCAGUGAAUACUUAUUAUAAGUUUAUGUAAAUAUACUAUUUUUAAAACAAUUUAGACGCUCUAGUUAUUGUAGAGCAAGACAACAGGUUAAAAUUAGUUAAUCUCUUUGAUAACUAGUUGAUAUUUGACAGCUAUGUAUUUGUACCAAAUAGCUAAAUAUCUUUUUAAAUAGAUUUUGUAAAAUUUAGUAUGAUGAAAUCUUAUUUAAUCUUAAAUAAUAAAUAUUCUUUUAUGAUAUUGGAUAUAAAUAAUAGCUUUAAGUAAAUUUAUUAUUAAGUAGUCACAAAUAAUAUUUAAUCUAUUUAGAAAGAAGAAGCUUAUAAUAUACUUUAUAUAAUAGAAGAUAGAGGAUAUUCUAUCAAUGUUUUUGACUUAGAUACACUUUCGAUUUAGAAAAAUACAGUUAUAUUUAAACCUGGUAGAAGUAAUAUUUAAAUAACAAUCAUUUCGAGUUUCAUCGUAAUAUAUAGUGAUUCUUAAGUGAAUUUUUAUAACAGAUCUACAAAAAGGUAUAUUCUAUCUUAUAGAUAUAUUGAUAAGUAGUAUAAAGUUCAAAAUAUUUAGUAGACACUUUUUGAUAACUAUUAUAUUGUGGUAAUGAAUUAAGCUAUAAGAUUAAUUACAAUUGAUUUUGUUUCUUAAUAAUCUUUUAGCCUUUUUCAAGUAAAUCUUGAGUAAAGCGAAGUAUUCUCAGUCGAUUUUGAUACUAUUUAUUCUAAAUUUACUAUAGAAAUCCAAUCGCUGAAAUAUGGCGAAUAUGUCAUUUCAAAUAUUGUAUUUUUCUAUAAAUAAUGGCUCCUCCAAAAUAAUGAGUUUAGAGUAAAAAAUGUCUUUAACAAUUUCAAAUAAAUUAGAUAAAAAUUAUUGUGUGCUUUUGAAUUUGUCAUGAAUCCAAAUGAAAUUAAUAAUAUAGUAGAAUAAGAACUUCUACAGUAAAGUAGCAAUGCUUUCAAUUUUGCUAUUACCUCUAUGCAGGUAUAUGUUAAAGAAUAAGCUAGAUUUUAAAUUCCCUAUCUUGAUGAAUCCUAUAUUGGAGAUGGAGGAAUAAGCAUUAAACUUUAAAAAUAUGCAUAAAAUUCAAAUUUAGAAAAUAAUUAAGAUACCUCAUUACCUAUACCAGCUGAUCAAAAAUAUACUAUGGUCUUAAAGGAAACAUUAAAUUUUUUAAAUUCCAAUGCAGUGAAUUUCGAUAAUUUAAUUGUUUCAUUUAAAUAUUUAAAAGGAUAAGUUAUUGAACUUAAUGGAAACAAAUUUUAAAAUUUAUAGGAUAUCAUCUUCAGUUAUACUGAUAUAUAUACUGAUAUUAAAAAUUCGACUUUGUAUCUAAGAAAUCUUGAAAAAGUAGUUUUUCAUAAUAUAAAUUUCUAAAAUAUGCAGCAAAUUGAAACACCUUCUUCAGGGAUGGGAGUAAUAUCUAUAGAUAAUGUUCUAAAUGUAGUUAUAGAUGGCGUUAAUUUUACUAAUAUAGAUAAACUUUUUGGGAGAGGAUCUUUCUUAAGAGUAACAAAUAGUUUAAAUGUUUAAAUUAAAAACAUCAAUUUCAAUAAUAUUACUUGUGUUGGAUAUUCAGCUAAAAAUUUAUAAUAGCUUGGUUUACCAACAACAAUUAACUAUUUAAAUUAUUUUUUACAUUUUGAAAAUGUGACUAAUUUAGAGAUAUCUUAUAUUAACAUGAAUAGCUGUAAAUGGACAAACUUCUAUUUUCUAAGGACUAUAAAUAUUUCAAAUGUGGUAUAUUUUAAUAACAGCUAAAUAACAUAAUAAAUAGUCAUAGUAAAUCAAACAUUAGAUUAAAUACUACAAUAAGGCUACUAAUUAAAUUAAGAGUGCAAAAUAAAUGGAAUCUUUGCUAAUUAAAUAUCCUAAAGUAAUAUAAUUCAAGUUAAUCACUAAAAAUAAAGAGAAUUUAAAGCAAAUGAUAGCAUAUAUUUAAAUUAUAAUCUUUUUAUUUGCUUACCAUAAAGCUUUUUUAGCUUUUUUUUAACAUAGGCAGUUCAGUUAAACAAUAUUUUAAUUGAUGAUUUAUAACUCAAUGCAGUAGAAUUUAACAUUUUUAAUUUUAUACAAACAAAUCAAAUUUUAAGUGAUAAUAUUACUUUUUCGAAUAUAUUUCAAACUUAUCUUUAAAAUCCUCCUUUGGCUUAAGCUAUCAAUACAUAGGGUAGCUAAUAAUUUGAAAUUUCAAAUAGUGUAUUCGAAAAAAACUCUAACAUAAGAUUUAUCUUCACUCCUAAUCUUCCUAUAAGUUAGGCAGAAUUAGUAUAAAAUCAAUUUGUAAAAUUCAAUAAAAUUUAAGUCCGUAAUUCACAACAUUUUGCAUGUCUUAUUGAAGGAAGUGCUUAUGAUAAUGUAAUUAUAAACUCUUAUUUUUAUAAUUUAAUUAAUGGUUAAACUCUUAAAUAAAUCUAAGAAUUACAAUCUAAUAACUAAUACAUAUAUUUUUCAAAAUAACCCAGUGGAAUUAUAGGUUUAUAUAGCAUUCAUAGCCUCCUACUUAAAAACAACAUAUUUCUUUCAUGUAAAAGUUACUCAAGUGCAGCAAUUUAUCUCAGCCAAGGAUAUAUAAUUUAAUUUAUUUAAAACAAAUUCGAAGCUAAUUAGGCAUUAACGAUAGCAGGAGCUGUAAAUUUACAAAAUAUUAUAUCAAUCACUUUAGUAGGUUGUACUUUUUCUUUAAAUAAAGCAAGUGAAAGUGCUGGUGGAGCUAUUAUUAUCCAAUAAUCCUUAGUCUAUUAAUUUACAGGUAAUAUUUUCCAAGGAAAUCAAGCAAAAAAAGAUUCAGCAGGGGCUAUUUUACUUAUUUCUACAGAUAUUAAAUCAUUUUAUGGAAAUUAUUUUGAGAAUAACCAAGCAGCUAUAGGAGGAUGUAUGAGAUUUUACUAUACCCUUCCUUCGUUCUUUGAUAAAAACAAUACUUAUCUAUAAAAUAAUACAUUUAAGAAUAAUAAAGCUUCACUUUAUGGUCCUAAUAUAGCCUCUGAUCCAUAAGGAAUAAAUUUAGUAUAAUAAAAUUUAAAUAGCUCUACUGUGUAUGUUUUUAAUCAAACUUAAAACUAUACAGUCAUCAAUUAAAUAAGUGGAGAUUACCUACAAUACCCUCUGAAAGUAGUUUUGACAGAUUAAGAUAUGAUACCCAUAAUAUUUCCAUAUUCUCUUUAUUUAUAAAAUUAAAAUAAUCUAAAAGAUGCCAACUAAUAAACAAUAAACUAAAAUGAGAAUCCUGAUAAUAACUUUCCAAUUGAAAGUGAUUAAAUAACUUAGCAAUUUUAAUCUUACUAAAUUCAAGUUAUUCCUUAUCCUUCAAUGCAUAUUGAUGAAAGUAGUAUCACUACGGUCUAUGAUUUCUAAUGCAAAUGCUAUAUUAUAAACUUUUCAUUAUCUGCUAAGCCCUUAUUUAAUUCAUCCUUUAAAAUAUAAACAAAAAACUCAUAUUAUAUUACUGAUUUUAAUAAUACUCAACCAUAAUUAUUAUUUUAACCUUUAAGUUUGACAAUAAAUGUGGAAUUCGGUAAGUGUUUACCUGGAGAUAUCUUAGUCUUUAAUGAUUAAAUUGUUACUUGUCAACCAUGUCCCAGUGGAAAAUACACAUUAGUUGAUAUUUCUAGUUACACAUAAUAUGAUAGUAACUUACAAAAAGAUCAGUCAUUAUAAUAAUGCAAAAUAUGCCCAGAGUAAGCUGUUUCGUGUGAAAAAAACAUAAUUAAUUUAAAAAAUGGAUUUUGGAGAUUAAAUAAUAUGACUGAUUUAAUAUAUGAUUGCUAAGAUUCGAGGGAUAGUUGCCUUCCAGAGGAUCCAAAGAGCAGAUAAGGGUGUAAAACAGGAUACAUUGGUAUUUAUUGUGCUGAAUGUGAUUACAGAGCAAAGUUGUGGGAUUUUUAGUAUGGUAGAUUUUAUGAUUAAGAUUGCUAAACAUGUAGUUAAAUUAAUUAAUGGAGCAAUAUAGUGUUUACAGUAAUUAUUCUGAUUUUUCUAUUUAUUUACAACUAUAUGCAAGUAAACAGGUAAAGAAAGUUUGCUAAAAAAUCAUGUAUAAGCUAUUAUUUAAGAAAAUUUAAUUUCAUGCUGAUUGGUAAAAGUGGCUUAAUUGACCAUGGAGCUGUCUACACAAAGAUAUUCAUCAACUAUCUCUAGAUUAUGUUUUUACUAUUUUCAAAUAAAUUGUAGAUACCUAUUGUUAGAUAAAUUUUACAACUUUUAGGAGGAGAUCCUCUUUAAUUGCAAUACGCAAGCAUGGACUGUGUUAUUUCUAAUUUUUCUUCAUUACCUAUUUAUGUAAACAAAACAUUAUUUUAGUAGUUAUUACCUUUAACUAUUCUAGCUCUUUGCAUUUUAGUUUUGGCCAUUUAAAAAAAUAUAUCAUAAAGAAGAAAAAAUAUUACUUUUUAGACCAAAUAUAUAUUUCCUUCAAUGAGAGAUUUCAAAGCUUAAGGACUAUUUAUUUAUCUAUUUUAUUCUCCUUCCUUCUUGAUUAAAUUAAUAUCAUACAUGUUUUGUUCAUCAACAAUAAGCUUCUCUCAUUUAGUAGGUGAUCAUUCUUAUUCUUGCUUUACAGCAGAGCACAAAGCUUAUUUCUAUACUUUGCUUCUUCCUCUUUUUAUUUUGUGGGCCUUUUUAAUUCCUUUAACUGUAAUAUUUAUCCUUCGUAAAAAUUCUAAUAAGCUAUACUAUAUAUGGAUAAAGCAAUCAUAUGGAUUUUUAUACCAAGAGUAUAACGAUAAAAAAUACUUUUGGGAAUUUGUAAAGAUAUAUAUGAAGAUUUUGAUAAUGGUAGUUGUGAUAGCUUUCAACAAUGAUUUGUCUUUAAGAUAUGUUAUAGUUAUUUUUAUUCUUUUCAUUUAUUUUUUGAUAACUUUGCAAGCAAACCCUUAUAUCACCAAGGAUCUAAACUAUUGUGAUAGAAUUUCGAAUCUCACUAUAAUUUUAUCUGUAAUAAUUGAUCUAUUUUUAAAUUAAUCUUCAAGCUCUUCUUUUGUAUUCUAAUAAGUCAAUUAAAUUAUAAUUUUGGUAAUAAACUGCUUUUUCCUUUUGUUAAUUUUAAAAAGAUUGAUUCUUAAGCCCUUGCCAUUCAGCUAUUCGGAAAUGAAUUUAUUUUAAAAAAUGAUUUAUAAAUUAAGAAAUAUCUUUCCAGCUUUAUUUUCUUUUGUUUAAUUUUAACCAUAGAAUCCUUUCAACAUCUUUAGAAAUUGGAAAAGACUAAAGUUAAUUAUUUAAAACUUUUAAGAAAUGAGGAAAUCUAGGAAUUUAUUUAAUGAUUAGUUCUUUAAAACCUUUUAAUAAACUCGCUUUUAUGGUUAAGGUCUAAACGAAAUAACCAGUCAUAGUUCUCAAAAAAGCUAAAUUGAAAGUAUAAAAAUAAGAGAAAGAUAACCUAUUCAUUUAUCUUCGCUACCUUGCAAUAUGUCAAUAGAAGAUUUUGACUAAUAAGAUAGUAGCCUAAAAAAAAGUACAAAGAAAGGAUAAUUUAUUAAGACUGUAAAAACUGAACCAUAUGAUAUUAAUGAAAUUUAAUUAGGAUCUGUAUAAAUCAAGAGUAGUGAAAAAAAUUUUUAGAAUAAAAUUUGUGAGGACUCUUCUGUGUUUGAAGAAAAUAUGGAGAGGCUGCAAGAAGAUAAAUAUUCGAUUAACGACAUAAGCUAAUAAAAGUUUAUCUCUAUCUUUAAACUUAAUAGAAAAGGAUUUGAAGAAUAGAGAAGCAAUUUCUAAAAUAAAAAUUAAGAAUCUAAUCAAAUUGAUCAGACAAAUUUUACUAAUUUUUAUGAAGUACAGUCCCCGAGCAGCUUUUACUAGAAUGAAUUUUCUUCUUAAAAUAUUAGAAACUAGAGCUCUAUUUAAGAUAAAAGCCAAAUAAAUUAACUAAAGCUUAAAUCUAUAUCUUAAUUAAAUUAAAAUCAGAGUUCGCACAAAUUUAAAAAAGUAUGA